CACAUACACACACACCUCCAUACUCCACUCCACUGCAGCUCGUCGCCUUUGCGCUCGCUGUGAUCUAGGGGUUGUUGGGCUUUCCCGCACGACCAACACUAUGGCCCGCACCAAACAGACUAAACGUGGGAAGAAGAAGCCCCGGAACAAUGACGAACAGAAUCCAGGUUCAGAAGCAGUGUGGGGAAAGGCUGAUAGCGAGAGGACUGACCGGAAUAGUGGGAAUGGCAUCAGGAAGAAAAAACGGGGAAGGAAAAACAAGAAGAAAGGAAAUAAGCGGAAUCAACCUCCAGAAGGAGAAGCAGUCUGGGGAACGGUUGAUUGUGAGAGGUCUGACAAGGACAAAGAUGAUGGUGCUGAAGAUCAGUUAGAUGCUUCACCCCCCGUAAAGAAGAAAUUAAUCUCUGCAGAGGAUGAAGAAACUACCAGUCAGGAUCUUGCCAAGCAUGAUAGCAAACCUAUUGAAAGCGAGGCAUUGUUGGAUAGAGAUUCAACUGAAGAUAGUAAGGAGUCAUUAAGCGAAGAUACGACUCAAGAUAGGAAAGUAAUAUCAAUUAAUGAAUCAACUGCAUCAAAGUAGUAAGGUGUAACACAGAGGGAAUUUUUGACAAUAGCUGGAAGAAAUUGUUAUAAAGAUCUUUUUCACCUUACAUUGUUAAUUAAACUUCCUGUUGCACAAAAAUGAA